AUGGCUCAAAAACAGCUAAGCAAAUUUCUAGAUGAGAAGUUGGAAGAAAAUAAAAAGGCCACUUCUUCGGAACUGACAUUUAUGUAUGAUGGGGUGUUAUAUCCUACUAUGAUCUGUUGCCCAGAAAUCCUGAAAAGGAUUCAUACUUUUAGAGCUCGGGAAGAUGAUAUCAUACUAGUGUCAUACCCCAAAACAGGUUCAAACUGGGUUGGGGAGAUUUUAACACAGCUGGAAAUUGCCUCUGGAAAAUAUGAGGAAGACGAACAGAAGAGAAGGCAGCAAAUACUGCAAGAAGUAUCACUAUUUCCUUUUCUUGAAUUUGGAGAUCCAGAAAAAUUUGAGAGGAUGGAAAAACUGCCUUCCAGAAGAGUUAUAAGAACACACCUCAUCCCUCAAAAGUUGCCCAGGUCUCUUUUUGAAAAGAAAACAAAAAUACUGGUUUUGUUUCGGAAUCCAAAGGAUGCAGCUGUGUCUUUCUUCCAUUUUACCAAAGGCAUAAACAUGCGUCCUGACCAGAGUACCUGGGAUGAGUUCUUUGAAGACUUUAUCACUGGAAAAGUGGCCUAUGGAUCUUAUUUUGAUCAUAUUACUGAAUGGAACAACUAUCUGGAGGACAGCAAUGUAUUUUUUAUUACCUAUGAGGAAAUAAAAGAGAAUCCAGUCUCGGCAGUGAAAAAAAUAGCCAAAUUCUUUGAUUUUUCUGUGACCGAAGAGGAGAUUGAGAGCAUUGUAAAGAAAACAAGUUUUGAAAGCAUGAAAGGUACUGCAGAAAACUAUGGAAAACUAGGGAAGGCACUUUUCCGCAAAG